AUGUACGCCGUGCUGCGAGGCCACGGCCUCACGCUUUACAAGGACAAGAGGGACGGCGUCUCCCACGCCUCCUCCCAGUCCGACGAUGACCCACAGCCAAUCAGUAUCAAGGCCUGCCUGAUUGACAUAUCCUACAGCGACACGAAACGGAAGAACGUGCUGCGUCUGACCACGUCAGACUGCGAGUAUCUGUUCCAGGCUGAGGGCAGGGAUGACAUGCUGUCAUGGAUCAGAGUCAUCCAGGAGAAUAGUAAUCUGGAUGAUGAGGUGGGUUCUGCCUGGCAACACUGCAUUACUGUGUUACUAAGGUCAUCAUAUGAUUAUAAGCAUUUUGCUGCACUACGAUAACACCUGCAAAACUGUGUACGCGACCAAUAAACGUUGAUUUGAUUUUGAUUUUAAUAGGUCUAUCCCACAUUUGAUCAUUCUUUGCUAAGCCCAUGUUUUUAUCCAAAGGGACUCGCAUACAGUAGCUAGAAUUUUACUACCCACAUUUUUGGCAGGCCCUGCCUUAACUGCAAGGCAGAUGUGUCAAAUGCCAGUAUGCUAUUUUGCAGCCAUCACUUGUGAAUAGCCUAGCCUGCAUCGGGGCUUAGGCUACAAAUCUUCUAUUUCAUUUACAUUAGUCAUUCUCACUGUCCUUGGUCACUAGUAGAAGCAAUAGCUUUUGGGUGAGAGACACGGCUCCCUUUUGUUAACAUUUACAUUUUAGUCAUUUAGCAGACGCUCUUAUCCAGAGCGACUUACAGUUAGUGAUUACAUAUUUUUUUAAUACUGGCCCCCCGUGGGAAUCGAACCCACAACCCUGGCGUUGCAAACGCCAUGCUCUAUCAACUGAGCUACAUCCCUGCCGCCCAUUCCCUCCCCUACCCUAGACGACGCUGGGCCAAUUGUGCGCCGCCCAUGAGUCUCCCGGUCGCGGCCGGCUGCGACAGAGCCUGGAUUCGAACCAGGAUCUCUAGUGGCACAGUUAGCACUGCGAUGCAGUGCCUUAGACCACUGCACCACUCAGGAGUUCAACCAUACCUCUCCUUGGGUUUAUGGCAAUGAAGUUUGUCCCGGUUGCCUUGGUGUUUACCCCACAAAUAAGACUGUCUCAGUGUCCUGUUUUGUGCGUACAAUCACUACUAGAGUCUAUUUAUUACAUCAAACCAUUUAAACAUUUGAGUCCUUAUGCUUACUGUAUGUAGGAUCACUAGGAUACAGAAAAUACAUAAACAUCCCCUGCUGGACCCUAACAAGAAUGUGUUUUUUCUUGGCUUUAUGUUAACUUGUCUGUUGGUUGUGAAAUGAGCUAACAGUGUACUUGUUUGUUCAGCUGUUUGCCCCUUUUCAGUUAGCCUUCGGUCUUUGUCUGUGGUCUCAGUCUCCCACAGAGUCUUUCAUUACUGGGGAGAACCCAUGACUUCCUAAAUAGCUCAAACAGGAUUCAGUGUGGUUAACUGCUAAAUCCUAUUCACUUAGAACUAUCUGAAAAAAACUUAAGAUAUUUGAUAAGACAAGAUAUACUUGAGAAAUCUGAAUGUGUUGGUAGUUCAAAGGUAUGUGAACUAAAGAUGUAUUACAUACUGCUCAGCCAUUUAAAAAAGUUUGGGUUAACAUCCAUCAUGAUUUUUCAUUUCCAAAAUCGUUAAUUCCAUUUGUACUUAGCUUGUGUUCCAGUUAUGUUAAAACGGAUAGUUUGUUGUCCAUGUUGUGUUUCAGAAUGCUGGUGUAACCAGCCAGGACCUGAUCAGCAGAAAGAUCAGAGAGUACAACACCAUGAUGAGGUAUGCAGCAACACACACACACACGCCCUCUUUAUUUGACCCACAAUGCAACAUCAUUUUACACCCACUUCUAUGCACAAGUCCUUAAAGUCACAUAUAGUAUAAUUUAAUGUACUAUAAUAUUACAUUUUUUGUGUGUAUAUCUGUGUUUGAUCCAGUGCCCCCAGCAGCAAGACUGAGCCUUCCCCCAAAACCUCCCGGCAGUCCCUCAGUAUCAGACACACCCUCCUGGGGGGGAAGGGAGAGGGCAAGAGCCAGAGCCCCCACUCACCCAAAACAGGAGAGAGAGGUAAGGCCACUAUUACAACAACAAAGAAGUUACUGCAAACAAUGAACACAGUUCCCCCCCUCCCAGACAUCACUGCACAAAUAUGUACUGCCAUUUUUUUUACCCAGCUGCUCACCUCCGUUUGCACACUCCUUACCUCCGUUUAGUAAACAAUAACAAAUGCGCCUGGGGCGACCAGUGAUGCUGUUUCACCUUUCACCGAUCUCAGCUUUAAAGCAAGGGAUUACAUUCAGCACAGGUAGACAUGCUGUGUCCUUUACAUGCAGCUGAAAAGGAGGACAUAA